AACAUGAGAAACUUGUCACAAUGAUUUUCGGAAAAAUUAGUGAUUAGUUUUUGGAGAUUUGGAAAAAUUCUUGUCAUCUUUGUGGCGUUGGAUACUGGGGUCACGUUUUGAAGUGAUAGAAAUAGAAAGGGAGUUAAAAUUAUGUGACUUUCAUGGACUGAGCAGCUUUGCUCCGUUCAAGUUUGAAGGUUCAGUCACUGAACUCUCUCGUCGCGUUUGAACCCACGGAAAAAGCUGUAUUACACGCCAUCGCGUACCAUCGUGUUUGCUUGCUUUGCUUACACGUUCAUGAGCGUCUCAGCUUGAUUUGGUGCAUUCAGUCACUGAAUUUCAGUGCCAGUCAGUUCAACUGAGCAACCUUACGACACAGGUCAGGACCAUUUACGUUAAGUCGUUCCACUAUUCUCGUUCUCGUAAAUAUAAAAAAUUUAAAAAAAACGACACUUUUCAGUUAUUUUACAGUUAUUUUACACCAAGAUCCAAGAAGAUUUUGAUAAGUUGACCCAGCCCCUUUAUGGGUUUAUUAGGUCUCUUCAUUUUAUUCGUUUGGAUUUUAUAAAUAGACAAUAUUUUUGUGAAGUGUUUUGUGGGGAAUAUGGACAUGGACGAAUUUUUCGCCAACAGGAUGGAGCAUGACGAGCGACAAGAAGACGGGGAGUCGCCCCCAUUUGCGGAUCGUCACUACUCUUCGCCGUCCUCGAGUCGAAAACGGGACAGGAAGAAAAAGUCGCACAGGAGAGAGAGGAGGAGAAGCACAUCGUCCUCGGGACAUUCAUCAUCUGACGAUGGUCGCAGUAAACAUAAGAAAAGGCGUCAUCAUCGCCGGAGAUCUUCGUCAAGGUCAAGGUCACGAUCUAGAUCUAGAAAUCGAUCUUCAGAGAGGAGAAGACGACACAGGGGUGGGAAACGUAGUAGUCGCCGAAGUCGAAGCCACAGUUCAAACUCGGAUGAUAGUUGGGGCUGUAGUAGGGGUGAUUAUAGGAAUCACGAUUCGUACAAAUUUCAAACACCAAAUAAUACUGUGAUGGUUCGUGGAUUGGGAGAGCACAUAACUGAAAACGAGAUACGCAAAGAUUUGUUAAAGUGUGGGAUUCUUGUGAAAGAUAUUCGCUUGAUUCGACAUCGUGAGACAGGAAAUUCUAGAGGAUUUGCAUUUACGGAGUUUCAUACCGUCGCCGACGCCAAGAAGUGGAUGGACCUUAAGAAGGGCCAGAUUAUCUUUGAAGACGAGUCCGAAGCCAACCUUAUUUACAGCGUGUCCAAAACUGCUACGGUGGAUACUACAUCACUUUCGUGUUCUGACUGGUAUUGUAGUAAGUGUAACGCGUAUAAUUUUAAGCGACGUGAACUGUGUUACAAAUGCCAUGAGGUGAAACCCCCCGAUGUGGAAACCGAACCCAUGUACGAAUCAAGUACUACUCCAACUACAAGCAUUAUGCUAUAUGAGUUGGAUCCAUUAACUACGGAGGAAGGGGUUUUGGAGGCCUUUCAAAACUAUCCUGCCCUCGCUGCAAUGCCUGUACGAAGUGUGCGUGUUCCCCGGGAGGCAGCCACAAGCCUUUCUAAGAGAGUGUGUUAUCUUGAGUCCAACAGCGUCGCGGAUUCCAUUAAAUUAUUUGUAGUAUUAAGGCAGCUGCAGCUCGAGAUUGAUGGUGUGAUUGUGCAAGCUACAUAUCAUAGACCUCAUACGCCAGUUGUAAAAAAUAAUGCAGCAGCUGCCGCACUCGCGGCUGCACAAUGGACAAAUAAUUCAGGAGUUGAGUAUCCCGCAGAUGAGACUGAUACCGAGAAAAUGGCAGAGUACAGUGCUGGAUUAUAUGCUAAAACUGAUGAGGAAUACGCAUCAUACCUUGUCUACUAUAGGGAUUAUUAUACAAAACAAGCUGAAGCUACUAAGAAAAACGAUGAAGGAAUAUCUAAAACGUCUUGUUCCAUAGAAGCUUCAAAUGGGCAAACUUCUUUGACCAAUAGAAUUGAAAUGCCAGUUUCAGGUUGUCAAAGUCAAGGACGGAGCGAACGACGGAGUACUUUGCCAUCACAAACUCCUCCAGACUCUUCUCGACUCACAUAUGACCAGGCUAGUGGUUAUUACUUUGACCCUGCUUCGGGAUAUUACUACGAUCCCACAAAUCAACAUUACUACGAUUCUAAGACUCAGCAAUUUCUGCAAUGGGAUUUUAAGAAGAAUAAGUAUGUAACUUCCGGGCAAAAUAUUAGAACCAUUGUGAUACCUGAAACCAAGGCUUCAACUAGUAAGAAGCUGACUCUUAUUGUUGGGAAGGAUAAAGCUGCGCAAAAUGUGGCAAAGGAAAUGGAGAAAUGGGCUAAAAACUUGAACCAGCGGAAGGAAUAUUAUAAGGAGCCUGAUGUUUUUUCCAAGUGGACAAAAACCGAAGAGAGUUCACCGUCAACUGAAGCGAGCAAUUCACAGACUUCGUCCACCGGUUUUGAAAUUUCACCAUCUCGUUUGCCCCCACCCGACGAUUUUGAUCCAUUUCAAGUACCUCCUCGACCCCCUAAUGAAUACGGUGACUGUUUACCAAUAGAAGCGCCAGAACCUGGGUCUGAAUUCUUGGAUUUGCAAAAAUUUGCAUGCCUGUUAUGCAAACGCCAGUUUUCUUCAACUGAGGGUCUCUUCAAGCAUGUGGAUAAAUCGACCCUACACAGACAAAAUUUAUCAGAAGUCUUAGGGGUGCAACCUGCAGCAGGAGAUUCUGUUGAUUCGGCUCAAAGUUCAGCUAAUGCAUAUCGCGACAGAGCAAAAGAACGUCGAAUGAAAUUUGGUACUGACGUGAAGCCAGAAUUCAAGAAUUCCCUUAAGGAUCUCUACAUGAAAGUGAAAGAAGAUGUGGUCACCAAAUAUGUAGAGGAACCUACGAAAACGGGUAUCAAAGAAGAUAACAUUGGUAACAGAAUGUUGCAAAAAAUGGGUUGGCAAACUGGUCAAGGCCUUGGACGGGACAACACUGGAAUCACGGAUCCCAUCAUGGCUGCAGGACGCAUUGGAAAGUUCGGAUUGGGAAUGGACGUACCGGGAGGUUUAGAUAUCGACGAUUCAGACGACCGUCAAACGAAAGCUAGAAAAUUAACGUUGGCCCGCUAUAUGAAACUUGAUUAAUUUAUAUUUCCUUGGCUUUAGUUCAACAUACAGAUACUAAGAGUGAAAUGAAAAUACCAAUUAGCUAUUACUGUGAAUUAAGACACAGUAACUUUACGGAAUAUUUAUGUUAUAUAUGUAGUUAGUAUCGCACACGUUAAGAAUACUACUAACUAAACUCGUUUUUUAUCAUUUCGCUUCUACAACUUAAACGCAGGCAUUUACACAUCAUACGCAUUACAUGUUCUAAUAAAAUCGUCUUGUUUUAUUUACUACUUGUGAUGCAACUAUAAAAUUGUUCUUAUCAUCAUAUGUAAAACAAUAAGAAGAUUCUGGAGAAAACAGUCCACCCAUCACUUCGCAGCAAAUAUACUAUAAAAUACAUACAUAUAUAUAGUAAAUAAAAGGUAGAAACAUCCUAUUUUAUAGAAGGGAUAAAUUAUCAAAAUCUUGUUUUGAAAUUGUGACCGAUCUCACACGGAUCCUAUAAUAAAACGGUUUUUACAUGGAAAAA